AUGUAUAGAAAGAACCAAACUACAAUCAAAGAUUUCAUCCUCCUGGGAUAUUCUGGAUCUCCUGUUCUCCAGCAUUUAUUAUUUGUUGCGUUCUUGCUCAUCUAUGUUACCACAAUGAUGGGUAAUAUAUCCAUAGUCCUUGCCUAUAGACUUACUCCGUCUCUUCACACUCCGAUGUACUUCUUUCUUGCCAAUUUAUCCUUCCUGGAGAUCUGUUACAUUUCUGCGUCUGUGCCCAAAAUGUUAUCCAACUUCCUAUCGACCCAUAAGACCAUCUCGUUCUCAGGCUGCGUCAUACAGAUGUACUGUUUUUUGCUCCUGGGUGGAGCAGAGUGUUACCUGCUAGCAGUGAUGGCGUAUGAUCGUUAUAAUGCCAUAUGUCGCCCUCUGGUUUAUGGGACCAUUAUGAAUAAAAGAACAUGCAUUCAGCUUGUUUCCGUCUCAUGGAUUGUUGGCGCUGUAAACUCUUUAUUACAUACAGUUCUUACAUUUAGCUUGUCCUUCUGUGGAAAUAACAAGAUCAAUCAUUUCUUCUGUGACAUCCCCCCUAUAAUGCAGCUGGCCUGUACACCGACGGACAUAAAUGAGAUUGUCCUCCUUGUGGCCUGUGGUUGUGUCAUUGUCAGUUCCUUCAUAUUAACCAUUAUGUCCUACACACACAUCAUCUCAACAGUUCUGAAUAUAAAGUCAACAUCUGGAAGGAAGAAAGCGUUCUCCACCUGCACCUCUCACCUGAUGGUUGUGACUUUGUUUUAUGGUUCUGCUAUUUUUAUGUAUUUUAGGCCCAAAUCAAGUCACUCAAUGGAUCAAGAUAAGGUCAUAUCUGCAUUGUAUGCCUUCAUAGCUCCAUUGUUCAAUCCCUUCAUCUACAGUCUUAGGAAUAGUGAUGUGAAGGCAGCUGUGAAAAAGAUAAUGUGCCAUAUAGUUGUAGGAUAG